AUGACCCCACGGGAGCAGCUGAGGAAGAUGACAGCGUUGGGAGAGCAGGGUGCUUUGGAUGAGAAGCACUGGUACCGUCUGGUCAACGGCAUGUCAGCUGGAGAGCUGAGGCAGAGGCAGGAGUUGAUAAUGAGGAAUCAGAUGGCCAUGGCUCCACAGAUCCUCGCCCAGGGGCAGCAGAGGUUACAGGGCGUUCCAGCGCAGUUCGAACCUCGCUUCAUGGAGAGGGAGAUGGUUCCCACCUCUGAGAUGGUAGCCUCCGAGGCCCGACAGAUGCACAUGGGACCUCACAUGGGUCCCUCUAUGCCCCCCCAUGCCAAUGUCAUGCCAGGAAGAGGUUUCCCUGGAGCAGCUGGAUAUGGUUUUAUGCCCUCCGAACCCAUGGAAACAGUUGCUCGGCGACAGGAGUUCAUCCACAAGCAGAAUAUAGCCAGAAUGGAGAUGAAUGCCAUCCUGCACCAGAAGGAGCUGGAGAACGCCCACCAGAAGGGACUAUUGGGAAUUGAAAACCCCAUGGCCUACUCUUCAAACCCCAUGGCGUUCAGAGGUCGUCAGCGGAUGCCAGACGGCCACGAUGUCUUCGUGCACCGCCCCAGCCUGGAUGAGCUGCACUCCAACAGCAUCCUCAUGUCGGCCAGCCCUUACCCGCACAUCGGCACGCUGCACAGGGAGCGAGGACGCAGGGUCGGCAGGAGGCCAACAUCUCACAAGAGCGCAGAGAGCCACGCAUCCAACCUGAAAGGCCACACUGAAGAUAAGAGAUUAGAGCAGAGCCCGGGGGCCACGUCAGGGGAGGAGAAAGAGGUGGAGGCAAAGGGGGAUAUGGGAGAGGAGUGUGCCACCAGCAAGGCGCACCAUCAAGCAAAAAUAGACUCUGAACUCACAGCAGGAAGCAGGAAGAACUACAAAGAUGGGGAGACAGGGCUGCGUAAAUCCUGUGUGAACAGUCAGGACGGGUCGGAUGUGGCCAACAGCGGGGUAAACGAUAAAGACAUGUCCAGCCAGUGUUCGGUUUUCCAGGAGAAGUUCAUGGAUCCCUCCGCUGGUGGAGCGCUCACUGGCAUGCCUUACAUGUUCCCAGUCCCUGGAAAUGGUUUCCUUCCACCUGGUCGACCAAAUCUCUUUCUUAAUGGGGAUGAAGGGUCCGAAGAUAUAAGGAAGUGGAACGUGAAUGAUGUUUACAACUUUAUCAACAGCAUACCCACAUGUUCAGAAUAUGCUCAGACGUUUAAGGACCACAUGAUUGACGGGGAGACGCUGCCCCUUCUGUCAGAAGAGCAUCUGCUGGACACACUGGGGCUCAAACUGGGACCAGCACUAAAGAUCCGCUCACAGGUUUCCAGGCGUGUGGGCAACAUUCUGUACAUGAUGAACCUGCCGCUCUCCUCCUCCGCCCUGCAGGCCACUCCAGAGAAGGCUGCGGACCGCUCCUCAGAGAUUGGCUCUCCUGUCAACUGCACCAGUGACGAGAUGUUGGCGAGUCCAAGAGACCCCGAAGUCCUCAAAUCCACAGAUCAUCUUCAUGAGACAGAAAACAAUUCCCCUCCAUCUGCCAGCAGCGAGACCGCCUGA